CCCGGUCCCGAUCCCCGGGACGCAGUCCCAGCUCGGCGGGCAGCCCCAGCCCCUGCCGAUGCCGUCCCGGGGACGCCGACACCGAAGCUCCUCCGGCCAGGGCAGGGACCCGGGCCGGCCCAGCCAGCUCUGACAGCCCCAUGGCCCUGGCCGGCCACUGAGCCCCACCAUGGGCAACCUGUACUCAGAGUACCUAAGCCCCAACAAGGUCCGGGAACACUAUAAUUACACCAAGGAGACGCUGGACACUCAGGAGACGGCCUCCCGCCAGGCGGCAUUGGUCAUCAUCAUCAUCCUCUGCUUUGCCAUCGUAGUAGAGAACCUGCUGGUGCUGAUUGCAGUUGCUCGCAACAGCAAGUUCCACUCAGCCAUGUACCUGUUCCUGGGCAACCUGGCUGCCUCGGACCUGCUGACUGGAGUGGCCUUCGUAGCUAAUACUUUGCUCUCGGGCCCGGUCACGCUGGGGCUGACACCCAUACAGUGGUUUGCCCGAGAGGGCUCCGCCUUCAUCACACUCUCCGCCUCCGUCUUCAGCCUCUUGGCCAUUGCCAUUGAGCGGCACGUGGCCAUUGCCAAGGUCAAGCUCUACGGCAGCGACAAGAGCUGCCGCAUGCUGCUGCUUAUCGGAGCCUCGUGGCUCAUCUCGGUUGCUCUCGGGGGCUUGCCCAUCCUCGGCUGGAACUGCCUGGGCCAUCUCGAGGCCUGUUCCACUGUUCUGCCGCUUUAUACCAAGCACUAUGUGCUCUGCGUGGUAACCAUCUUCUCUGUCAUCUUAUUGGCCAUCGUCGCUCUGUAUGUCCGCAUCUACUGUGUGGUCCGCUCCAGCCAGGCCGAUGUGGCUGGCCCACAGACGCUGGCCCUGCUCAAGACGGUCACCAUUGUGCUGGGGGUCUUCAUCGUCUGCUGGCUGCCUGCCUUUAGCAUCCUGCUCCUGGACUAUGCCUGUCCUGUCCGGUCCUGCCCCAUCCUCUACAAGGCCCACUACUUCUUUGCCUUCGCCACCCUGAACUCAUUGCUUAACCCUGUCAUCUACACAUGGCGCAGCCGGGACCUGCGGCGGGAGGUACUGCGGCCACUGCAGUGCUGCAAGCAGGCGGCAGGGGUUCAAGGACGGCGGGGUGGGACCCCGGGCCAUCAGCUCCUGCCUCUCCGCAGCUCCAGCUCACUGGAGAGGGGCACGCACAUGCCCACGUCGCCCAUGUUUCUGGAGGACAACACGAUAGUCUGAGGGGCAAGUGGGCCACCAGACCAUGGCAGAGGACUCUGUGGGGAGGCACAGGGGACCUUGGACAGAGAUGUGGGGCUGCCAAGCAAGAUGCCCCCACUCCGCAGACCUGGGUGAUAUUGAAAAUAUUUCACACCGGGCAGAGCUGCAUCAGGGUCAGAGGCUAGUGUGGUAACUGUUGUGACACCUUAGAACUGGAUCGUGGGGAGGCUUGGAGGACCUGGAAAGGGCCUGGGUUACAGCAGGCAGAUACUCAGGUGGCACAGCAGACAAGCACUCAGGGGGAACUCAGGGCAGGAAAAAUUUACAAUCUGGUCCAAGGGAUUUCAACAUUUCACGACUCUCUGGCCCUUUGCCCUGUACAAAACUUCCCUCUCCGAGUCUAGACCCCCUGUUACCUUCUGGCAACCUUAGGCCACUUCCCCAGAACCACUGUCCCCAGACGCUGGAGGCCUCCUCCCUGACUGUCCUGGGUGGCUCUGGCUAACAGUUGCAAGGCCCAAAUCCACAGCUUCCUUAAAUUUCACCAGCUGCCACUUUGGCUACUUCUUCCCUUUCCUCUCUCUCUCCACGAGAUGCUGGGGAACCACAGGGUGGAGGCGGCGCUGGAUGGCAUUCUCAGACCUCACUGUCCAAUUGCACUAUUUGGGGGCACUGAAGCAUCACCAAGGGCUGGAAAAACUGGCCUGGGGGGCUGAGUAGGACUCUGGGCCUCCUGGUGGGAAAGGGUGAAACUUGAGAAGGUUCUAGGGGAGCUGUUUGCACAGGAUCCCCACUCCUAACCCCCCUCCCCAAGAUACUUCCACCUCGAGCCCAGCUGAGCCCGCUGUAUCUCCUUUCCAGUUGUAUUGUAUGGAGGAGCAUGGGGGUGGGGGUGCCAAGGACACUUGUGGGGUACUCUCCCCUCAGCUGCACCAGAAGGACUUUGCUAAAUUCCAUGGAUAGAUGGAAGGGACGUUGCGGUACAAAUGAAUAUUUAUGUGUGUCUGUGUGCAUGUGUGCAUGUGUGUGUCAGUGAUGUGUGUGAUCCCCUCUCCCCACCAUGCUCCCCCAGAAUGGAUGCUAUUGUGGUCUCACAUGUGUGUUGAAGCUGCCAAAGAGGGGUCCGGUCCCUGCACAGGCCCCCUUUGUAAUUGCUGGCUCAUCUUCCCCCUUGGGAGCUGGGGUACAGCUCUUGGGGAAGGAAACCUCAUGCCUCAAAGUGCUUUCUUGUGAAUGCAAAGGCUGGGGGAGGGGGUCUUGGGGGGCAAGGAGCCAGUCGGGGGUUUGUCUCCCCCAUACAGCUCCCCAGAUGCCCCCCGUGCCUGAGACCUGGGCCCAGGCCAAUAAACGGUUCAAUCUCUCA